GGGGCGAGGCCGGGCGGGCGGAACGGGCCGGGGGUGCGGGUGCAGCCAUGUCCUUCUGCUCCUUCUUCGGCGGAGAGGUGUUCAAGGACCACUUCCAGCCGGGCAUCUACGUGUGUGCCAAGUGCGGCCAUGAGCUGUUCUCCAGCCGGGCCAAGUACGAGCACUCCUCGCCCUGGCCGGCCUUCACCGAGACCCUGCGUGGGGACAGCGUGGCCAAGCGGGAGGAGCGCCCGGGGGCUCUCAAGGUCACUUGUGGCAAGUGCGGCAACGGGCUGGGCCACGAAUUCCUCAACGACGGGCCCAAGCGGGGCCAGUCCCGCUUCUGAAUAUUCAGCAGCUCGCUGAAGUUCGUCCCGAAAGGUAAAGCUGACAACGACCUGAAGGAGAAGUAAGCGAGCUGCUCCCCCUGGCACUCUACCCUGGGCUGAUCCUGCCUCCACACCAUCCCAGCAAGGGGCACUGUGGCAAGAGGAAACCUAAGGAAGCUCCUGGUUUCCCUGACUCAGUUCCCCGCUGAUUUCCCUGUCGUGGUUCACCCCUCAUUUCCCUGUCACUGUUCCCUCCUGGUUUCCCUCUCACUGUUCCCUCCUGGUUUCCCUCUCACUGUUCCCUCCUGGUUUUCCUGGUCCAGUUCCAACUUGGGAUCCCGGGAGGCCCCGGGGGGAAGGUGAGGGGAAAAUUGGGUUGUUGAAGUUCUGUGCUGCUACGUGGAGGGUUGUAUGACCUGAGGGUGAUGCAAACCCCACAGCUCUUCAUUUUCCCCACCCUUCUCCCCUCCAGACCCGGCUGUGCUCCCCAGCAUCCUCCCCUCUGCCAGGAGCAGAGUCCUUUGGGUUUUGCCCAUCCAAGGAGCGGCUGUGCCUGCGCUCCUGCCUCUGCUGAGCUCUGGGGAGGGUUUGCUGCUGACUCCAGCCAGCCAGGACACUCUGCAGAGCAGAGCCAGGCACUGAUGCAGUGCAGAGUCGCUGCGCUGGCACUGCCAGGGAGUCACGCUGGAUUAGCUGGGGUCAGAGUCUGGGUUAAUCCCUGGUGCUAUUCUGGGCCAGGAUCACGGUAUGAAUUGUCCUAUAUAAACCCUCCCAGGGUGCUGGGGCAACGAUGUUUUAUGAUCCCCCUGGGCAGCAUCCAGGUGGUCUCCCCCUCUGCCCACCUUGCACGCAGUAGAGAUGGCUCUGGCUCCGUGUCCUCGGCUCUGCCUUGGCCUUACACCAGGUUUAUCACUGUGCAAUAAACCCCAGUGGCACUCAGGACCCUCCUGGCUGUGCCCUGGUGGGAGGGAGGCCGGGAUUGGGCUCUCUUGGCACAGCUCAGGCUCCAGGAACCACAUCUGCACAUCUGCCUCGGUGCUCCCAAGGGCUGUCAUGCUGAGUCCUCCUUAAUUCAGCACCUGAUUCGUGGCCUUCCCUCCCUGUCCCAGAAACCAAAUCCUCCUCUGGAAUCAAUGCCCAAGGAUUUUUGAAGAUGGGAGAAGCUCUGACCUGUGGGGUUUUUGGGGCUGUGCUGCUGGGGCAGCUGCACUCAGGGACACACUGGGGGGGGGUGGUUUCUCUCCGUGUGUUUUGCCUCAAUCCCACAGCUCUGAGGGCACCAGUAAAAGUCUGACACACCAGUUCGUUACCUGGAGCUCACUGCUGCUCUCAUACCUCUUUCCAUGCUGAAAAUAAAGCACUGAUUCACUGUGUUGGAGUGUUAAACA